AUGGAUGGUAGUGGGACUCUUUUCGGAACUUUAUCGGGAAAUACUCGUGAAGUUCUUCACAAAUUUAAUGUUGAACUCCCAAAAAAACACGGAAGAGGUGGUCAAUCCGCACUUCGUUUCGCACGUCUGCGCAUGGAGAAACGUCAUAACUACGUACGUAAGGUCGCAGAGACUGCUGUGCAGUUGUUCAUAACAAACGAUCGGGUUAAUGUUGAGGGCCUUAUCCUAGCUGGUUUAGCUGAUUUCAAAACUGACCUCAGCCAAUCUGGCAUGUUUGAUAUUCGGCUCCAAGCUAAAGUGCUAAAAAUUGUGGACAUCUCGUAUGGUGGUGAAAAUGGAUUUAAUCAGGCUAUCGAACUCGCUAGUGAUACGCUUGCGGGAGUGAAAUUUAUUCAAGAAAAAAAGCUUAUCCAACGAUAUUUUGAUGAAAUCUCGCAAGAUACUGGAAAGUAUUGUUUCGGUGUGGAUGAUACUCUGCGAGCCCUGGAGAUGGGUGCGGUAGAUUCUCUAAUUGUAUGGGAAAAUCUCUUGGUUACUCGCUACGUUCUCCGCUCUUCAUCAAGCGAUGAAAAGCGAGUGAUUCACUUACGACCGGAGCAAGAACGAGAUCGCAGCAAUUUCCUUGAUCCUGAAACGCAGACAGAAAUGGAAAUUGAGGAAAGUCAAUUGCUAUUAGACUGGCUUGCCCUAAAUUAUCGAUCCUUUGGAGCCGUUCUUGAGAUUGUAACUGACAAAUCACAGGAGGGAUCCCAGUUUGUUCGUGGUUUUGGUGGAAUUGGAGGUAUCCUUAGAUAUCAAGUUGACUUCCAACAUAUGGCUGGUGGCGACCUGGACUUUGAUGAAGAUUUCGAUCUCGAUGACUAUUAG